AUGUCGGACGGCGAAAAAAACGUGUGGAUAGCAGCCGGCGAAGGGGAUUUUGACUGUGUCAAGGAAUAUAUCUCGUCGGGCGUUUCUGUAAAUGCACAAGAUGCUUUCGGAUAUAGUCCUCUUACCGCGGCAGUAUCUUACAAUCACAUACAAAUAGUCGAAUAUCUGUUGUCUCAAAGAGCAGACAUCAAUAUUCGUGAUAUGGAUGGUGACACACCGCUUUACGCGGCAGAAACUGUUGAGAUGGCACAACUACUUUUAGCCCAUGGCGCUGAUCCGACAGUGAAGAAUGCCGAAGGGAAGACGCCCGCAGAAGUGACGUUUAAUGAAGGAUGGUUGGAUGUGGCCGCUUUGCUAAGAUCACGAACCGGCGAGACAACCCCCACCACGGUUAGUGAAAACGAGAAUUUUGAUGAAAACGAUCCUAAUGAAGCAGGAGCUGACAAUGAUACGAAUGAAGAAGAUAACGCAGACGGUUAUCACAAUGUGCGCGGAGCAUUGCGAUAA